AUGUCCAUCUACUCAGAUCCCCCGGCGCUGCGAGCGUUUUCUGAGGACAAGCCCUCGCUGCUUGUCUGCUGGUGGGCCACAAUCUUCUGCGCCCUUAUGAUCCUGUUUCGCAUCGCCGGCCGAUUUAUCCGAACCGAAAAGCUCUUCUCCGAAGACAAGUUCGCCGCCGUCGCCCUGGUCCCCUUGUUCCUGCGCAUGGGCUGCGUCCACUUCAUCCUCACCCACGGCACCAACAAUGCCGAUUUCACCGGCGUCACACUUACCCCCGACGAGAUUCACAAGAAAUCCGUGGCCAGCGGCCUCGUUCUCCUCAGUCGCAUACUUUAUGCCGCGACACUAUGGAUCCUCAAGGGCACUGUUCUCGAAUUCCUCAGGCGAAUUACCGACCUAUCAUGGCAACAGUCACAAAAGUACACGCUAAUCGCCAUUCGAUGGGCCCUUGGGCUCACCUUCAUCGCCGUCAUCAUUAGCGAUCUUGCCGAAUGCAAUCCCUUUAAGCAUUACUGGCAGGUCUUGCCUGACCCCGGUGGUCAGUGUCGCCAAGGCUAUGUCCAGCUCAUCACCAUGGCCACUUGCAACAUCCUUACCGACCUGAUGCUCGUCAUCUUUCCCAUUCCAAUCAUCAUCCAGAGCCACAUGCCGCUUCGCAGAAAGCUCCAGCUCCUCAUCCUCUUUUCUCUCAGCUUGUCCGUCGUGGCAGUCACCCUCUACAGGGUUCCGCGGAUUAUCGACGUCGAUGGCCGACAGCAGUACCGAUCGCUCUUGGCGUCAGUCGAGUUGAUUUUCGCCACUGCAUCAGCAAACGCCCUUGUUCUGGGCUCAUUCGUCCGAGACCGAGGCGUCAAGAAGCAGAAGCCCAGGCGAACGUCGACUGCCGCCGAGUCUUUCGAACGCACCAACACCAUCCGAAGGCCAACCAUUCACAGACAAUGGGGUAGCGAUGAAGACUUGGUCAGGGAUGUUGGGCUGGCUGUUGAACCUGAACUCCGAGAGCAGCCAGACAGCCCGUCGUCCGAUCUUUACGCACCCAUCCAGCCGAUGAGCUCUAUCGGACAGGACCGCCAACGGCAAUGGCAGCAGCAGCAGCAAGACGAGAGUGCGCAUGAAAGCGCCCAGGAGAGUGCUCAAGCGAGUCAGGACUUGUUGAUCUACAAGACCGAAUCUCAGCACGGUUCUCAGCACGAAUCUCGAAAACUCUCAUUGUUUGAUGUCGGUGGCCUUCUUGAAGAGGGACCCGCCACCAGCAGCGGAAGUUUCCGAAGAGGGAGCAGCUUUACAUCGUCUUCUCAGGAAGCAAGCACCUCUCAAGCCGCCGUCCCGCAGGCGUCCCGAAAAGCUAGCACAAACGGCGUUCGACGUGGCUCAACAGCUUUGUUGCAAGACCUUGGUGGACUUCUGGGCCCCUUGAACUCAAAGUCGUCAGUCCGUUCCAAGCAUAGAACUGGCACUGAAUUGCAACCAAUCCCACAGUCUCAUCAGGAGCACCAUGCUUCUGGAAGCGCAGCGUCAGAUCUCGUUCUCAUGGACCCCGGUGGCCUUUUACGAUCAUGA